UAGGUUAGAGGUGGGAGGGGUUGUCGGGGACAUUGACAACUGUUCCAUGAAACUGAAGCUAGUAGAAGAGCUCUAGUAUUUUGUAGUGCCGUACAGCGUGGAACGGACAGGACCGCUUCUCUGGUGGAAGAGGGGGAAAAUGAUACUCGCCUUUGUCCAGGAGGACAAAUCAUCAAGGUCCCUGUGAGUCGAGUCUCACCUGAUUGGUCGACGCCACUGGGAGGAAGAUGGCGGCCUUCAAGAACAGCUUCUGGGGGGAGAAGAAUGCCGGUUUCGAUGUCCUUUACCACAACAUGAAACAUGGCCAGAUCGCCACCAAGGAGCUGGCAGAGUUUGUGCGGGAGAGGGCUGCCAUCGAGGAGACCUACUCUAAGUCCAUGAGCAAGCUGGCGAAGAUGGCGAGCAACGGCAGUCCCCUGGGUACUUUUGCUCCGAUGUGGGAUGUGUUCCGCGUGUCUUCUGACAAGUUGGCUCUGUGUCACCUGGAGCUGAUGAGGAAGAUGAACGAUCUGAUCCGAGACAUCAACAAGUACGGAGACGAGCAGGUCAAAGUUCACCGCAAGACCAAGGAGGAGGUGGUGGGGACGCUGGAGGCUGUGCAGGCUCUUCAGGUGCAGAGUGGUCAUCUGCAGAAGGCCAGAGAGACGCACCAGGCACGCUCACUAGACAUGGACCGCCUACGCAAGGAGAGCGCACCACUCAAGGAACAGGAGAAGGCAGAGCUGAAGUGGAAGAAGGCUGCAGAGCACUUUGCGGGUGCGGUGGAGAAGUAUAACCGCGUAGGAGGAGACUUCCAACACAAGAUGACCGAGUCAGCACAGAAGUUUCAGGAUAUAGAGGAGGCCCAUCUGAGGCAGAUGAAGCAGCUGCUUAAGGGCUACUCCCAUUCCAUUGAGGACACACAUGUACAAGUGGGACAGGUUCAUGAGGAGUUCAAGCAGAACUUGGAGAAUAUUGGCAUUGAGAACCUCAUCCAGAAGUUCACGGACCAAAAGGGGACAGGCAAGGAGAAGCCAGCUCCAGUGUGUCUUGAAGAGUGCCUGUCGUCUGUCACUGCUGACAUUGGGAAGAAGAGUAGAGCCAAGGCCUUCCGCAUCCCAGGGCUCGGCAAGAGAGACAAGGAGCCUGACUCCACGGAUUCAGCUGUCACUGACGCACCGAACUCUCCUCUAGAUGUGGAUGAGGAGGGGUUUGUGAUCCGAGCGGACGGCAACCAGAAUGGCUGUGGAGAGGAGAAGGAGUCCAACUUCUACUCCAGCGACUCUGACUUCGACGACGACGAGCCCAAGAAGUUCAACAUCCAGAUCCGACCGGUGGCCAGCGGUAGCCGUGGCAACGCAGCCGCCCACGAGAUGGAGCUCAAGGCCACGGUGGGGGCACUCACCCUGCCCCCCAACACAGGGGUGUCAGUGAAGCGGCAUCUCUCUCGGAACUCUAGCACGACAGGUGGCCGCUCGGAGGGAGAAGGGGAGGCGGGGCCACACAGGGAGGGGGAGCCGAGAGGACUUCGCAGAUCCACCUCCAGCCCAGACCCCAGCAGGCUGGUCUCCGUGGCGUCUGCUCCUGACUCCCUGUUCGGUCCUCCUCUGGAGAUGGCCUUCAAGUCCAGCAGCUUCGGGGGCCAUGAGCAGCUCCAGAACGCCUUCGCCGUGUCCGAAUACGCUGCCUUCUCGUCGGACUCCUCCUCCCCAGAGAACGUGGAGGACUCGGGCCUGGACUCGCCGUCCCAUCAGCCCGCGGGGCCGUCCCCGGAGCCCAGCGGUUGGCCCCCCGCCUGGCCUCCUGUGGCGGUGGCGCCCUCUGCUGCUCAGCACGGUAACAACAACAGCAAUAAGGACCCCUCGUCCAUGUCCUCGUCCCUGCGCCGACCCACGGACCCCUUCCUGUCCGCCUUCCGAGACCCCUCCCCCGGCCGGCCCCCCCUCACCCCGGACGAGGUGUCGGCCAGCGUUUGGGGAGGUGUUGGGGUGGGAGGAGGUGUGUCCGUGUCGCUGCACUCCCCCUGCGGCGUGACACCCGAGCUGGAGGGCAGUGCCUUCAAAUUCCCGCCGUUCCCUCACUCCAACGCUGCUGCCCCCGCACCGCACCAGCACCAACACCAACACCAACACCAGAACCUACACCAACACCAACACCAACACCAGAACCUACACCAACACCACCAGCAGCACCAGGACAUGGUGGAGGCGUCCGUGUGGAGCUGUAAGCACCUGCCCCCUGAACAGGAUCCCUUCCUGGCUGUGUUCGACAGACCUCCAGGCCACCAGGAGGCGCUGGCUCCCCCUCCACCGCGGCAGGAUGCCUGGGUGCCCGUCUCCGCCCCUGCUCCUGCUCCUGCUCCUGCUCCUCCUGUUCCUCCUCCCGCUCCUCACUCCCUCCACCAGUCUCGCAGGAGUCUCGGCGGCCCACCAGACCCCUUCUUAUCCGCCAUGAGCAAGGACCAGACCACCAAGACCCUUCCUCUUCCUCCCCCCACCUCCUCCUCCACCUCCUCUUCCGCCGCCUCCUCUCGUAAGGACAGGAGGCGAGACCGGAGCCUCCCUCCCCCCCUCCAGCCCCCAUUGGACAACCCCUUCGCCAUCACCAUGAUUGGCAGUCCCACGCACCAGGCGUCACUGGCGGCGGCGGCCGCUGCAGCAUCAGCGGUGUCAUCGUCAACGGCCAUGAUGUCACAGGGUUCCGGCGUCAGCAGUAAUAACAAUAAGCCCCCUCCUGCCAUCCCGCCACCCACCACCACCCACCACAAGGCCCCCAGCACCAACCCCCCCAGCCAGCCCCCCAACCCCACCGCCAGCCAGCCCAAGAAGGAGCUUCAUCACUGGGGCUCGGUGCACAACCCCUUCAGCUGCCCAGGGACCCAGGAAGGGGGGGCGCCGGGGGGCCCCGAGGCCAACAGCAACAACAGGGGGGCCCCCAAACAGCGAGCAGGCGGCGAGGAUGAGCCGCGCCGUAACGGGCCGCCCCUCACACGGCAUUCUGGGCCGCAGGAGGACCUGUGCUUCUCCACGGAUAAGGACGAGGACUGUCUGGACGUGGACGUGGUACCCCAACCCCCGUGCAGCAGCCGUGGCCCUCAGCACACAGGUGGGCAGCUGAGUUUCAGGCAGGACAGUUCUGAGCUCCUGGUGGCUCCUCCUCCGCACCGCAUUCGCUCCAAGAGGAACUCCGGUCAGCUGGGAGGCUGCGAGCGUUCCAGGUCUCUAUGCUCCUCUCCUCUGCCGGACCCCAGCCCCCCUACCCUCAACUCCUCGUCCUCCUCGAGCCCCAGCGACUGGGGAGGCCAGACCCGAGCCCCUAGCCCAGCCAGAGUGGGUCUGUCUCGGGGCCCCUCCCCCAUCUCAGUCAGCCCCCAGGAGGCGUGGCCUGUAGCCACCGCGAUCACGGAAUACAUCAAUGCCUACUUCAAAGGAGGACAGCACAACAGGUGCCUGGUAAAGAUCACGGGGGAUCUGACGAUGUCAUUUCCUGCUGGCAUCACGCGUCUCUUCUCAGCCAAUCCCAACGCUCCGGUGCUCAGCUUCCGCCUCCUCAACAUCUCACGCCUAGAUCACUUCCUGCCCAACCAGAAACUACUCUAUAGUGACCCGUCUCAGAGUGACCCGGACUUCCGGGACUUCUGGUUCAACAUGCAGGCGUUGACCUUUCACCUGCAGCGAGAGGCGGAGCUUAACCCCCAGGCCUCCUACUACAACCUGGGGCUGCUCAAGUACCAGGUGUCGUCUCAGGACCCGGGUCGCGCCCCCCUGCUGCUGUCGGCUGAGUGUCAGCGUAGUGGCACGGUGACGCGCGUCUCCCUCGACUACCACUGUUGCCCGGCGACCGCCCCCGCCACACAGCUGACUGGCGUCCAAGUUCUACUGCCACUAGACCACACAGCUACCGACCUGCAGUGCCAACCAGCGGCAACAUGGAAUGCAGAGGAGAGACGUCUGCUGUGGAAACUGCCCAACCUCUCACCCACCAAUCACAGCAAAGGCUCCGGCACGCUGUGUGCUAGUUGGCAGUGUCUUGAGGCCCCCCGGGGGCCGCCCCCCAGCCUGGCCGUGCAGUUCGUGGGCAGCGGCGCCUCUCUGUCUGGCAUGGAGGUGGAACUGGUGGCUACGCAGUACCGCAUGUCUCUGGUCAAGAAGCGCUUCGCCACAGGAAAAUACAUGGCAGGCUGCUCCUUGUGAAGAGGCGUGGCUAAAAACUACCUGCUGUGAAGAGGCGUGGCUAAAAACUACCUGCUGGACUACUGGUUACUACGGGAGAUAGGAGUCUUGAACUGGUUACUAUGGAGAUUGGAGUCUUGAACUGGAACAUUUUGGAAAUUGCAGUCUUAUACUGGAUAUGGGGGAUUGGGAGAUGUCUUAUACUGGCUGGGUAUGGGGGUGGCAGUGGGUUGGAGAUGGGGGAUGGUAUUGGGGAUGGGGGUGGUUACUACUGGCAUACAGUUUGCACUUUUAGCCCACUGAGCCAGGUGAGGGGAGAGGUGAGGGGAGAAUGACACACACACACUGACACACACACACACUGACACACACACACUUAAAUAAUUCAGUACACACACUUCCUGAAAAACAGUGGAUCCAAAAGUCCUUGCUGCUACUGAGGACCAAGUUGAGUUCUGGCCUGGCCUUUUCUAUAUCUCUGAACCUUUCCUUUCCUCUUUUUGGAUUGCAAUCCAAGAUUUGUACUUGUGGUAGAAUACAGCACAGCUUUGUUUUCACUAAAGCCUCCCUUUGUCUGUUGUAUAAACUGUCAGUAGUAAUGCUUAGCCAGAAACUAUUUAAAAUAAGGAAGAAGGAAAAAAAAGCAUUUGUGAAGGAAAAACCUUUUGAGCGCACAUUAAGAUCCAUGUUUUCUAGUUUUAGAUGAUUCUUGUCAUUGGAACCUGCUUGUGUGUGCAUCAGUAAGGGUGUUUGGGGUGAAGGGAGGAGUUUUCAGUCGCCGUGGCUGAGUUCUUUGCACUGUGAGUGCCGCUACUUUCUAUGUACAUUUUAAAUAUAUUUAUAAAAUUCAAUGCUUCUCUGUA